GGCGGUUGGAGCGCUAGUGCGCGCGGUCCCAAGAUGGAGGGGUUGUCCGCCUUGAAAGUCCGGGUCCGGGGAAUUAUUGGGAAACAAGCGAAAGGUUCAGAAGUUUUUAAAAUAUCAUUUAUAUUUCCAAAUCAAGAUAAAUAUGAUGGUGAAUGUACAAGAACACCUGAUGGUAUUCUUGAGAGAAAUGGAUAUGGAGUUCAUACCACUCCAGAUGGAAUUAUUUAUCAAGGAAACUGGAAGAAUGAUAAAAUGAAUGGUUUAGGAAGGCUGGAACAUCCUUCUGGUGCUGUUUAUGAAGGUGAAUUUAAGGACAACAUGUUGCAUGGAAUAGGAACCUACAUGUUUCCUAAUGGAGCCAAGUACACUGGACAGUUCAGUGAAAAUAAGCUGGAAGGGAAAGGAGAAUUUACGGAUAUACAGGGUUUGGAAUGGGAUGGCACAUUUCAUUACACAGCAGCACCAGGGCUGAAGCUAAAGCUAGACAUGUAAACUAUUUUGGACUAGUAGAAAACAAAUCAAGAUUGUAAACUCUAAUACAGAGCCAUUAGGGGAGAAAGAGAUGGUAGCCAAGGUACAAUGUAACUGAAUAAAUAAAUGCUGAAUAAAUCACAUGGUUAUGCUCUGGAGUCUA